AAAAACAGCAGCUGUCGCCUUAGCAACGCAUGCAAUGACGGCGCAUGCGCACUGUUUACUAUUACUCUUGAACACAGCUGAAAAGUGUGAGGACACCAUCAAAUCCAAACCAAAACCCCUUUUGCUAAUGGGACACGUUGAAUGCUCUCGUUUGAACAGUUUCCAAUGCACAUUUCAUUCCUGUAUUCCCAAAUCACGUGUUUGCGAUGAGGUUAUAGAUUGUUUAAAUGGAGCAGAUGAGGCUGGCUGCGCUACUGGAAUUUAUAGUGUUGAAGGUAUUGAUGAAGCUCGUAAGAAGUCCAUCGCUUGGCUGAGAAGUAAAAAAUCUCCUUUGAAGGGUUGGCGAGAAAACACAGUGAGAGCCAUAACAGCCUUGUACUUGUCUGAAAAGUCUACCUUCAACAGCCGAAGACUAGAGGAAGAAUUAAUGGCAAAACAAAUAGAGCUGGAGACUGCAGUGUCAUUGUUAAAAGGUUCAGUUUCUAACCAGUUGCUGAGCAUGCACAUCAACGCUCUUUUGUUGACCUGCCAAGAUCCUCGACACUUUUAUGGAAGGGAUUUGGUCAAACUUCUCAAGGACCAGGUUGAAAAGUCUGGAAACUUCACUCACCCGUCUGCUUACUUGGCCCUCUGCAAUGCGAAGGAGGAAUGGCCACACAGGUCGACAUCAGAUAUCAUUUCCGUAUUGAACAGUGAUUCUGAAUACAGUUUUAUUGGAGAUUUUCAAGCAUUUGCUGUGAUGGCUGUUGCGUGUUACAACGAAACAAAGUUUUUAAAUAGAACUGAAAGUGCAGAUUUGUUGUCUGUGUACCAAAAUACUAUCAAAGGUUUCAAAGACCAUCAACUUUCAGAUGGAAGUUUUGGGAAUGUCCAUGCAACAAGUCUCAUUACUCAAAGUCUAUUGGCAAGUGGUCAAGAACACGUUAAAGACUGGAAGCUGAAUGCAACACUCAAGUACCUGAUGAAGGAAUUGGAGAGUCCCGAUGCUGAUUUCCUUGCUCACUACCUCACACUUCCGAUUUUGAAUAGAAAAACUUUGACGGACAUUGCUAAGUUCAACUGUUCAGAAAAAACAGCGGAUCUAGGAG